AUGAUUGACCCUUGUCUUCGCAUCAAAGUACACAACCAGGUUGAUCCUGAGCGCCAGCCUAAAGAUCUCAACGAGGCGUUUACUUCCAAUACUCCUGCUGAAGUGACAAACUCAAACCCGGAUGAGAACACUAAAGAAAAAGUUGGUCAGCCGGAAACGGCCCGACUAAGGGAGGCUGAUGCCCCAGAAUCUUCAAGAUCAAGGGGAACUGCUCGCCCGGGAACUGCAAGACCAAGGGAGGCCAUUCGUAUUCCAAGACGCGAAGUAUUUUUGGUAGAGGAGGAGCGCGAUUUCCGUUUCUCAACCUUGAUUCAUGGACUGUACUUGUUGUACUGGUACUCCAACUAG